CGCGUUAGCAGCAAGUGGCUAAGCUGAGCGAUAGCAAGGGAAAAAAGCGAAUAUUUGUACGUUGUUUUUUUUUUAAGUUUGGCUUUGGCAACAACAACAUGCCUCCGAAGAAGCCGGCUCCGGCCACGGGGAAUAAAAAAACGCAAGAGAAGAAGAAGGAAAAGAUUAUUGAGGACAAAACAUUUGGCCUGAAGAACAAGAAAGGAGCCAAACAACAGAAGUUCAUCAAGAACGUCACACAGCAAGUCAAAUAUGGACAACAGAACGCCCGACAGGUGGCUCAGGCUGAGGCCGAUAAGACCAAUAAGAAGAUAGACAAGAAGAAAGAGUUGGAUGAGCUCAACGAGCUCUUUAAGCCCGUCGUCAUCGCCCAGAAAGUCAACAAAGGUGUGGACCCCAAGUCGGUGCUGUGCGCCUUCUACAAGCAGGGCCAGUGCACCAAAGGAGACAAGUGCAAGUUCAGCCAUGACAUGUCCAUGGAGAGGAAGUGCGAGAAGAGGAGCGUCUAUGUGGACGAAAGGGACGAAGAGCUGGAGAAAGACACCAUGGACAACUGGGACGAGAAGAAGCUGGAGGAGGUGGUCAACAAGAAGCACGGCGAGGCCGAGAAGAAGAAAGCCAAAACUCAGAUCGUGUGCAAGUUCUUCUUGGACGCCAUCGAGAACAACAAGUACGGCUGGUUCUGGGUCUGCCCAGCAGGGGGCGGCGAGUGCAUGUAUCGGCAUGCCCUGCCGCCAGGCUUUGUGCUGAAGAAGGACAAGAAGAAGGAGGAGGAGAAGGACCAAGAGAUCUCCAUGGAGGAGCUGAUCGAGGGCGAGCGUGCGGCGCUCGGUCCCAGCGUGACCCGCAUCACCCUGGAGACGUUCCUGGCGUGGAAGAAGAGGAAAAGGCAGGAGAAGGUGGACAAAGCCAGGGAGGAGAUGGAGAAGAAGAAGGCCGACUUCAAGGCCGGAAAGUCGCUGGUGGUGAGCGGCCGCGAAGUUUUCGAGUUCCGGCCCGAGCUGGUGGACGACGACGACGACGAGGCCGACGACACCCGAUACGCCGACAAGGAAGAUGAGGACGAUCAGGACGAGAUGGACACCACGCAGGUCCAGGACAUAGACCUGUCCCGCUUCGUUCCCCAAGAAGUGGACCACACGGGAAUCACUGUGGCAGCCAUGGACCGCUUCACCUCCAGGAGUAGAAGUCAGAUGAAGGACCAGGACAACGCAGAACUAAACGGAGCAUGCGGCGGCUCCGAGGCUAACGGGCCGUCGGGGGCCGAGGAGGCCGGAGGAGGGGAAGAUGAGGACGACAAAGACGUCCCAGUGGAUGAGAACUUGUUCACUGGGGAAGAUCUGGAGGAGCUGGACGAGGAGCUCAACACGCUGGCACUGGACGACUGAGCGGGACGCAGAGAUGACGACGACGAC